AUGAUAAGAAGGGACUUAGAUACAGUCUUAUAUAUAACCACUCAAAAAGAGAAGCUUACAAGAAGACCAAGAAGUACUAUUUUAAACAGAUACAACAGAAUAGUGGCAACAUCAUUUAGUCGACAGAUGAAAUCAAAAGAACUUAAAAUCCGGUCAAAGAGUAAGGACCAUAAGUGUUGUGGAACAAAUGGUCAGAGUAUACCUCUGGGCAUUAGGCAAAACAAGAGAGACGAGUGCUGUGAUAUUCAUGCUGAAAAGUGUACUGUUGAUCAAUCGGAAAUUUCCGCAGGUGAAAAGUUUGCCCACGAGGCCAAAAGUACUUCUCAAGAAUGUUUGGACGAUUGCGAAGAGAUGUGUAAUGACGACGUUGAUUCUGUAUUGGACGAAUGCAGAGGAGCUAGCGACUGUCGUGAAAGUACUCUAACUGACCCUGCUUAUCUAUCCAAAUCUUGUGAGGAAGAAUGUUGCGAUGAAGACUCCGCUGUGAUGGCUGAGGAAAUCACAGAUAAUUGCGAAAAUGGGUGCUGUGAUGAGCAACCAAUAGUUAACCUCCAUGCAAACGAAUACAAAGGCUAUCUGAAUAAUGAUAAUAUUGGAGAGGCGCCUGACUGUAUGGGCGAUAUUAACCAAUCUAUAGAAAACGACUCAAGCUGUUAUUCCUCCAAAUUGACUAAUUCUACGUUUAGAAAAAGAUUUUUAAGGUCAACUACUGAAAUUUUGGGUAGAUUCGAUUGCUGUGAAGUCAAUAACCCACCAUGUUGCAACACCGCGUGUGUUGAACACCUCGCCUCCCGUAGUUCUAAGAAGAGAAUGUCUGACGGAAGUUUGGACAUGGCUACUGAUUUUGAAACCUUUAGAAAUCUUUCCACAGGCGCUGGUGGUACUUCAAAUGAAGAAUCCUCCAACGAAAGAUAUUCCAAGAUAUUUAAGCGUUACAGUUCAAUUUUGGAAACUCUUGGAUGCAUUUGCAGCUAUUUGUUUACUAUAGGAGAAGAAUCUUGCUGUCGUCCAAGAAUUCGUUUUUCUAUGGAAAGAGAAGCUUCGAUGGGAGCAAAAUACUCAUACCGUGAUGCUACUGGAUGUUCAAUGCGUAAAGGUUCCAGAGUCAAGAAAAGGGGUUUGUACAAUGCAAAUAUCUCCACUUCAAACUCUUCCUGCACGAAAGAGUGUUGUUCCAAAAAGAAGAAAUUCGCUGCGGCCACGACAACCGUUUCUCAUUGCUCUUCGAACGAUAUUCCAUCAAUUACAUCUCUGAAAUCAAGUGGAGAAACUGUCCAUUCUGACCUUGAAGCGGGGUAUGCCACUAAAGAGCAUAUCGUCCUCAGUGUAUCUGGAAUGACCUGUACUGGCUGUGAGACGAAACUUAAGAGAUCCCUUGCUGCCUUAAAGUCCGUGCAGAAUUUGAAUACUAGUUUGAUAUUAUCACAAGCGGAAUUUGAUUUGAACAUUUCUCUAGCGUCUGUCAAAGACGUUAUAAAACACUUGAAUAGAACCACAGAAUUCAAAUAUGAACAGAUUUUGACUCAUGGCUCAACCAUAAACAUUAUUGUACCUAGUUUAGCAAAGGAUUUUGUUAAUAGUGAAUGGCCAGAAGGAGUAACAGAGCUGAAGGUUGCGGGCAAAAACAUUGUUCGCGUGAAUUUUGAUCCCAAAGUUAUAGGUGCAAGAGACCUCAUCAGAAAGGGAUGGGACGUCCCUGUUGAGCUUGCUUCCCCUACUGGUCAUCCAGCACUUGAAGUAGGAAAUAAGCAUUUGCGUCGUGUGGGAUUAACAACUCUUCUGUCGAUAUUACUAACGAUUCCAAUUCUUGUCAUGGCUUGGGCUCCGAAUCUCGAUGUAAGCCUUUCGACUAUGUCUGCAUCAAUGGGACUUGCUACUAUUGUGCAAUUUGCUGUAGCAGGGCCAUUUUAUUCGAACGCUCUGAAAAGUCUGGUGUUUUCCAGAUUGAUUGAUAUGGAUCUUCUUAUAGUUGUAAGUACUAGCGCUGCCUACAUUUUUUCAGUUGUAUCAUUUGGAUAUUUUGUUGCAGGGCAGCCUUUGUCUACAGAGCAGUUUUUUGAAACUAGUUCUUUGCUUGUAACGUUGAUUAUGGUUGGUCGUUUUGUUAGUGAGUUGGCCAGAUAUAGGGCGGUGAAAUCAAUAUCACUUCGUUCUUUACAAGUUUCUUCGGCAAUUGUCAUUAAUGAGGAUCAUACCGAGACAGAAAUAGAUAUCAGACUACUUCAAUACGGUGAUGUGUUCAAGGCUGUACCAGAUUCAAGAAUUCCGACUGACGGAACAGUCAUAUCUGGUUCUUCGGAAGCAAACGAAGCCAUGAUUACUGGUGAGUCCAAGCCUGUUCUCAAAAAAUUUCAAUCUACUGUUAUUGCAGGAUCUGUCAAUGGCUCUGGUACGUUGGUUGUAAGGCUAACUAAGCUUCCAGGAAACAAUACUGUAAGCAUGAUAGCUACUAUGGUUGAUGAAGCAAAACUGUCAAAACCAAGAAUACAAAAUAUCGCUGAUAAAAUUGCAGGUUACUUUGUUCCCUUCAUCAUUGGUAUCACCAUUAUUACCUUUUGUAUUUGGAUUGGUGUUGGAAUAAAUGUUAGUAAAAAACCACGUUCUGACGCUGCUAUUCAGGCCACAAUAUAUGCUAUAACGGUAUUAAUUGUCUCUUGCCCCUGUGCUAUUGGGCUUGCGGUUCCUAUGGUAUUCGUGGUUGCCAGUGGGGUAGCAGCAAAACGAGGAGUGGUCUUCAAGUCAGCAAUGAGCAUAGAGGUUGCUCAUAAUGUUUCAGAUGUAGUUUUUGAUAAAACUGGUACUUUGACUGAGGGGAAGCUCUCUGUUGUUCGCGAAAUCAUGGGUGGUAAUCAGGAUAAUAUUAGAUCCUUACUACUCGGAUUGGUUGAGGGAAUGAACCACCCCGUGUCUAUUGCAAUAGCAUCAUAUCUCAAAGACCGAGGUGUAUCUGCUUCCAAUGUUUCAGACACAAAAGUUAUGACUGGGAAGGGCAUAGAAGGGAUCUCUCACUCAGGCUUGAAACUAAGGGGGGGAAACUCUCGUUGGCUGGCCUUCACUGGCAACUCUCGUGUGCAAGAAGCUCUCUCUCAAGGGCAUACGGUUUUUUGUUUCAGCGUAAAUGCUUCACUCGCCGCUAUCUAUGCACUUGAUGAUUCUUUACGAGUAGACGCAAUCUUCACGGUCAACGCCUUGCGCCAAAAAGGAAUCUCGAUUCAUAUCUUAUCAGGGGAUGAUGAUGGAGCAGUUCGUUCUCUGGCCUCUCGCCUUGAAAUUGAUAGUGCCAAUAUCCGUUCCCAUGCAACCCCUGCGGAUAAGCGCGACUAUGUUAGAAACCUUCUCAAGAAAACAGAGGACGAGGGCUCUUCUCAGUCAAAAGCGCCUGUUGUUAUUUUUUGUGGUGAUGGCACCAAUGAUGCAGUUGCUUUGGCUCAGGCAACGAUUGGUGUUCACAUCAAUGAAGGAAGUGAGGUAUCUAAAUUGGCUGCUGACGUCGUUACGAUGAGGCCAAAUCUUGCCUGUAUUCUGACUAUGAUAGAUGUAAGCCAAAAAGCGAUGUUUAGGGUUAAACUAAAUUUUGCGUGGAGUUUUAUUUACAACUUGUUUGCCAUUUUAUUGGCAGCUGGGGCCUUUGUGAAUGUUCAUAUUCCACCAGAGUAUGCAGGCUUAGGGGAACUUGUUAGUAUCCUUCCUGUAAUCCUUAUUGCUUUUCUUUUGCGCUAUUCGAAGAUCCACUCUCCCAACGCUGGCUCAGUAUCAUAG